AUGGUUAUGGCACCUUCUGCUAUCGCCAUUGAAGAAGCCAAUACUACAGUUGUGACUGACAACCAAAUCGAUAAGGUCGAUUUUGUUGACACCAAUCAUGGCGUGGAAUCCGAUGUGACGGGUCUAGCCUCCAAGGCACUGAUCCAGAAAGUCCUCAAGGAGCAGAUUGCUCGUAUCAACGUUGACACUUGUGAGCCUGGCGAGGAAGAUGCCUUCUACGUGGCGGAUCUCGGAGAGGUGUACCGCCAGCAUCUCCGCUGGAAAAUGAACCUGGGCCGCGUCAAGCCGUUCUAUGCGGUCAAAUGCAACCCGGACAAGGAAGUGCUCCGCCUCCUGGCCAAAUUGGGCACUGGAUUCGAUUGUGCGUCCAGGGCCGAGAUCGACCUGGUGCUGGGGCUUGGCGUUUCUCCCAGUCGCAUCAUCUAUGCCCAGCCGUGCAAGACCAAGUCGUACUUGCGGCACGCUCGCAAAACCGGCGUCAGCUUGAUGACCUUCGACAACACCGACGAGCUCCGCAAGAUCAAAGAGUGCUAUCCGGAGGCUGAGUUGGUGCUCCGAAUUUUGACCGAUGACUCAGCAAGCGCGUGCCGGCUUAGCACAAAGUACGGGGCCAGUCUGGAGUACGCGGAGGAAUUGCUCGGCCUGGCAAAGGCGUUGGACCUGAAUCUGGUUGGCGUCAGCUUCCACAUAGGCUCCGGGGCGAGCGACCCGAACUCUUUCGGAAAGGCGGUCAAAGACGCGCGAGAUGUGUUCGAUCACGCGGCUCUCCUGGGAUUCGAUCUGAAGCUGUUGGAUGUUGGAGGAGGCUUCGUUGACGAAACAUUCGAAACCUUUGCAGGAAAUCUCAUCGAAGCCCUCGAGGAGCAAUUCCCCGCCAAUAUCCGGGUCAUCGGCGAGCCGGGCCGCUACUAUGCUUCCAACGCCUUCACGCUCGCCACGAACGUCAUUGCGAGACGCGAAGUCGCGGCCAAUCACGAGGGAGGGAAGGGCUACAUGCUCUACCUCAACGACGGGGUCUACGGCAACUUCUCCAACAUCAUCUUCGACCACCAGCACCCUGUCCCACAGGUUCUUUCCGCUGCUGCCGCCACCGGCUCGCCAGACGGUGUCCCAGAGAUGAUCGAGUACUCCAUCUGGGGCCCCACCUGCGACGGCAUCGACGUGAUCACCGAGCGCUAUUUCUUGCCCGGCGUGGUCGAGAUCGGCGAUUGGUUGUUCUUCGAGAACAUGGGGGCGUACACCCGCUGCUCGGCGACCAAGUUCAACGGAUUCAGUGAUGACCACGAGGUCAUUUACAUUUCCAGCGAGCCUGGCGCCUCAGCCUUGCUGGGGUACUGA